CAUUGUCAUACAAGGAGGCUCCAUUUUUUCAGUGGAUUGUAUGUCCAGCUUCCAACUCGUGCCUCAGAGGAAAUACACUGACAACUUCAAAACUUGUUGAAAUUCAAGAUGGAAUUCUGGAACAAGUAUUCCUGGACAAACCUGUUGGUGCUGGCUCUGAUUUUCGUGACUGUUGAUCGGAUUCAGUCUGACGACUCAAUGUGUCCACAGGGCAUGGUAUACGGCUGCAAGCGGCUUUGCUACAGUAACUGUGACAAUCUAAACAGCACCAGUGAAGGCUGCAUUGAGAUAUGUGACGCGGGGUGUGACUGCAAAGAAGGCUUCGUCUUCCAAUCCAAAAACUCCAACACCUGCGUCCGCCCCUCUUCUUGUCAAGUCUCCUGCCCUGAGAACAUGACAUUCAAACCCUGCAACAGGUUUUAUCGGGAGACUUGUUCUAAUAGAAACCUGAAUCAGGUGCCCUCGGAAUUCUGCAUGCCCCGCUGUGUUUGCAAUGAUGGCUACAUCCUCUCCGAUGCUCUAAGUUGUAUCAAAGUCAACCAGUGCCCUUAAAUGAAUUAAAUCAUCUGUCCCUUUUAACCGGCCUAUUUCCUGAAAAUGAAUAAAAUCAACAUUCAUAGAG